AUGGGGUUCAACGGGUUACCCGCGCCUGCCGGCGUAGGCGGCGCGGCCCGCAACCUCGGCGGCCCGGGAGCGGGGCCACGGGCACCGGCAGGUCGCUCCGGAGGCCGGCCGGCGCGUGCCCGCUCGCCCGCGCUCACGCGCUCGCACGGACGGGGGGCGGCGGGGGCUCGGGCCGAGGCCCGGCCACCCCUCACCUCCCCGCCCGCCCGACGGGAGCGGGGCGCCGCGGGCACGGCGGCCGGUCCGCGACGGCCGGCCGGGGUCCCGACGACCCGCGCUCGGGCGAGCGCGCCGGGGCGGGGCGCGGCGCGGCAGGGGGACGGACGGCGGUCCCCCCAACCUCGCCCAACACGCAACGACGCCGGCGGACGGGCGGCAGCGGCGGCGGCGGCGGACCACGGAGCGGCGCCGCGGCAGGCCCGGGAAGCGAAACACACCGGGACGCGGCCCGGGGGUCGGCAGACGCGACGGACGGGGCGGAUGGACGGACGGGAGACAGGGCCGACGAGGCGCGGCUGGCUCGGCCGCCGCCGCGGAGGCGCGGCGACGACCUCACGGAAGACGUGGCGGGCGGGGGCGGACGCGCGCCGACGCGAGGGAGGCCCGGGGGCCCAUCCUAAGGGCACGGACGCGAGUCGGCCGCCGGGGCACGACACGGGGUCUCACCGCCAGAGGCCUCCAGCGCAGGGGCGGUCCCGCGGCACCCAGGACGCCGACUGGCCUCCUCGGCCCCCCACCAGGGCGCCCCCCCUCGCGGGGCUCGCGCCCACCACCGCCAAACACCCACGAGCCGCGGCCAGCCCCGCGACAACAACACUCUCCCGCGCGCACACCGGCCGCCCCACGUGCCCCGCCACGCGCCUCCGCCGCCGCGCCCGACUCCCCCGCCUCAGGGACCGGAAACGCUCCCGAGGCGAGGCGACCCGCACCGUGCCCACACACCGCCCCCGGCCGCGACUCGCGGCGAGGGCAGGCGCGACGGGCUCCUCGCGGCUGCGGGACUGGGGAGUCGGGACGUCCGUGCGUCCCCGAACCCCACCUCGGGCUCGCCACCGCCGGUCACCGCACGCGCACGCAACACGCGCACACACGGCCACGCGCCGGACACCGGCCUGGCGGGACCCUCCCCCGACUCAGAGGGGGGAGGCGCGGGCCGCGGUAGGCAAAGAGCGGCGCUCGGCCCCACCGCGGGGCCGGCGCAAGCCCUCCCGCGAGGGCGAGGGCCUCUGCCGCCCACGUGGCUCUGGCGGUGGCCACCGUGGCCACCGCACGCUUGGGAGGGGCAGCGGCUGGGGGGUCCGGUACCCCAAGGCUCCCUCUCGGAUCGCUAGAGAAGGCUUUUCUCACCGAGGGUGCGUCAUCCCCCACCCAUCGUCUCUGCCCUUCGGGCCCACGGAGGCGCUCCACGAGCCACCAAGUCCACGACUGGCCGUGGGAGGGGUGGGGGGGGGUCUGCGGUAUGGGCCCCGGCCCAACACGAUCGCACCCACGCCCGCGUGCGACUCCCCACACACACACAAGUGGGGGGCGGCGGCACACGCGGCGUCGGCCCGGCCACGAAAGAGCCACUCACGGGACACACCACCGCGGCGGAGACCCCGAGGAGCACGCUGGGAAAAGGGAACGACACCACCGCUCGGCCUCGCGCGCCUGAGGGACGACCUGGAGCGCUCCAGGGGCACCACAGAGGACCGAGCAAGUCACGCUCACGCGCCGGCAGCGGGCGCGCGGCGCAGCGGCGGGACGGCCCCCACCGACGCGGGGAGGACCGCCCGCGAGGCACACGCCGAGGAGGCGAAGCGAGAGCGUCUGCUGCGUCCGAGGACCACGGCCCCGCCCACGCCGUGA